GGGUAAACAAUAAAUACAAAUUACGUAAAAACCUAAUUUUUUAGGAGUAAAUCUUUCCGCAGAAACUCAUUGAGAUUGAUUGAAAAUAAGAAGCUAUGAAUAUGCUUCACACCACAUAUCUGAGGCAAUUUGUUCGCCUUGCAGAAACUGCAGCUACAAAUGCAACUAGUUUUCUUGCCGAACCUCUAUCCCGCCGAGCGCUUGUCCGUGUGCAGGGUGCCGAGGUUGUUCCAUUUUUGCAAGGUCUAAUGACCAAUGAUAUAAACCACCUGCAUAUAGAUGGAAACCCCUCUAUGUUUACAAUGUUUCUCAACAAUGCGGGACGAGUUUUAUACGAUUCCAUUGUAUAUCGAACUCCCGAACCAGACACCUUCAUAAUUGAAUGCGAUCGAGAAGUGACAACCGAAUUGCAGAAACAUCUCCGACUGUUCAAAGUGAGAAGGAAGAUCAAUGUCGACUGUGUCGAUUCAGAACUAACGCCAUGGAUUGUUUUCAAUCCUACGCAGAGUGGAGCUGUUCCAAAACCAAGUGAAACCAAUCAAAAAGAAGUUCUUACUACGAUAGACCCACGACUAAAAGAGCUUGGAGUUCGAAUAAUCCAACCAACGGGCAAUUCAUUGUCAGAUAUUGAGAAAAUGUUCCCAAAUGCCACGUUAAAGCAGCCAACUUUAUCAGAAUACAAUACUCAUCGCUAUAUACACGGAGUGGGUGAAGGUGUGAUUGAUCACCCACCAGGGAAAUGUUUCGCUCUCGAAGCCAACUGUGAUUUUCUCCACGGAGUAAGCUUCCACAAAGGUUGCUAUGUCGGCCAAGAGCUCACUGCUCGUGUCUAUCAUACUGGAGUGAUACGAAAACGACUAAUGCCGCUGGAACUCACGAGUAAUCCCACUGGUGAUGUAAAUUCUGUACAAACUUCAGCCGGAGGAGCAGUGGGAACGAUUCGUGGAGUUAGUCAAAAUCACGCUUUAGCGCUCCUGCGAGUCGAACAAGUGAUGAAAGCUAAGGAACUGUUAGUUGAUGGAAAACCCUGCAAGACUCAUAAACCUCACUGGUGGCCGAAAGACUAGAAAAUCUCUUCCUACUAUGUUAUACCGUUGUUAUGUCAAUAAACUCACUUUUAAAUCUAA